CGAAGGGACACGGGCAGUACUGGGUCCGGUGCAGACUAUGCACCCAAACGUUCACAGCUUCAAAGACGCGGGCGGUGUAGCACUUCUUGAAGACAGGCAAACCAUGCCCGUACAGGUCCGGGGAGAUACUGCAUUUGCUUGCACAGAGAGGGGUUAAGAUUGUGGGGGACGCGGCGAAGAGGAUGCUCCAUCAGUAUAGGGUGGAGAAGGGCAUUGCGGAGGACACAGGAAUGGAGCCAUCGCGGAAUGCUGACAAGAGCACAGUCGACAACAUUGAGCAACACUUGAGGCCUCCGCCCGCACCCGGGCGAGAGGCACGGCGGAGUGAGGUUGACGUUGAUCUUGACACGACGAAGGAGCCACCCGCCACCGUUGUAGCGCCCUCCUGUGCGGGCUCUUCGUCAGCCGUUAAGCCAGGGAAGACAAGACAGACCUCCAUCCGAAGGUGGACUGAGAACACGGCCCAAAAGAGACUCGACAUGCAAUGGGGGAAGACAUUGUUCCGCUCCGGCAUCCCCUUCAAUUUUGUGCGCGUGGACGAGACACGGGCUCUUCACGACUUAUACAUGGAGUUGGGGGCCGCGAAAGCGAAGGUGGACAUGCCAUCGUUUGAUACUUUGAGAACUGUCAUUCUGGAUGCUGUCUACGAGGAGGUGAAGACGUCAGUGCAGCCCUUGAUCGACCAGUGGGGCGUAUCAGGCUGCACUCUCAUCACAGAUGGCACGGCAGAUCGCAAGUGGAGGCCUGUCUUGAACUUCAUCGGCGCGGGGGCGGGCGGUGCUGUGUUGCUCAAAGUGGUCGACAUGACCCACAGGAAGACGAACGCCGCGGCGAUUGCCAAGUUGUGGGAGGAGGUCAUAAGGGAGAUAGGCGUGCACAGGGUAAACGCAAUCUGCACAGACAAUGCUGGAGUGAACAAACGGGCCGCGAGGAUCCUGUCACGAAGCGCAGAUCCGAACAUUGCAAAGAUCCCUCGGGUGCCAUGCGCUGCGCACACACUGAGCUUGCUGUUGAAGGACAUCUCGAAAUUGUCGUGGGUGAGCAAGAUAGUGAAGAGGGCAAAGAUGAUGGUGAAGUUCAUCAAGAACCACCAUCGCACAGUUGCCCUGUUCUCUGCUUGCUCGUUCGAGGAAAAGAAGACCCUGGUCAUGCCCACGGAGGUCAGGUUUGCAUCCACGUUCGAGAUGUUGAACAAACUUCAAGACAGGAGAGGGGUGCUUGAGGAGAUGAUGGAGAGAGGCUGGAAGAACAUUCACUGGAGCUCGACGGAGCUGAGGGAGAAGGCGGACAAGAUAUAUCACACAGUUCGAUCGAGUCAAUGGUGGGAGGAGGUCUAUCAAAUUGUCCUUGUCAUGCGGCCGCAGGAGAAAGAGAUUACGAGGAUUGUCGACGACCGCUGCAAGAUGAUGAGGCAGCCCGUGCAUGCUGCAAACUUCUUGUUGUCCCCAACGGGGCGGGAACCGCGCUGGGUUUUGGACAAGAACACCCCCCUUGUGCAGAAUGCCAUCAAGCAUUUCCUCACACAACUCGGAGGGGAACGGUGGGGUUCGCAGCAAAACCACGUGGACGUGUGGCAAAGUCUUUGGGCUUUCCAUCAAAAGCCCCCCAAAGAACUUAUGCACAAGGAGCCAAUGUGGGACACUUUUGGGGUGGCCGACAGCGCACUUGAGCGAAAGACAGCGUCCGAGUGGUGGUCGGCGUACGGGGAGAACCAUCCGGAUCUAAAGAAGAUUGCGACGAGGGUGAUUGCGAUGUGGAGCACAGCCACACCGUGUGAGAGGAACUGGUCAUCAUUGGACCUGAUACAUACGAAGCGGAGGAACAACUUGUCGAGCGCCAGUUUGGCCAAGUUGGUGUACAUCCACUGGAACAUGCAGCUCCAGUGCAUCCCCAAGAGUCUGAAGGAUGGUUUCAUCGAUGUUUGGGCAUCAUUCUUCGAUGAGCAGGAGGCUCCGUCUCCUGAGGAUGAUCCAAUUCUUCCAGGCCCUUUGGUGGAGGAUGAGGCGGAGUUGCGGAGGCAAGCAAACCUGAGGAAGACCCCCAAGGGGAGGAUUCCUGUAGGGGGCGGGUCAGAUGACUCGGACACGGAGUCGAGCGACGAGGAGAUUAUCUGGAGCGGAAAACCGAAGAAGGCAAUGAUUCCGCUGCCACAAUCAGCGAAGGGGAAGGAUGUUAUGGAGAUGGAGAGCGAGGACGACGAGGACGUGGACGAGGAGUACUUGGACAAGGAUGUAGAGUGCUGUUCGGAGGAGCCGCAGCGAUGCGCAGGGGGAGGGGGAUCACUUGACGAUGUCGACAGGGCUGCUGCAAAAGCCAUGGCUGACCGGGACCGGGACCUGGUGCAGCAACGCAUUCAAGAGGAAGCCGCACGUCAUGAGAGUGUUCCUCUGCGUUCCAGGUCGGGGGCGCAAUUACCACGUCCUACAACUGGUGUGCAGCAGCAAGAACCGGUCGAGCAACAGCCCGACCACAUGGGAAACCAGCGGCGGAACGAACUGGAGCAGCAUUCACAUGAACAACUGCAGUCGCAGGUUGAGCAGCAGCAGUUGACCGGGCGACAGCAACAUGACGAGCAGCACCACCUCCAGGUCGAGCAGCAGCACUUCCCGGUCGAGCAACAGCACCUCCCGGUCGAGCAGCAGCACUUCCCGGUUGGCGAACAUCAAUUCCCGAUUGACCAGCAGCCUGAUCACGAACAGCAGGAGGAGCUGGGGGCUGAGAACCGGUUGCGCGAUGAAGAGCAGCAGAAGCUGCAGGUUGAUCAGCAGCAUUCGUCAAACAAUCAGCAGCAUUCGACGGCUUUGCAGCCGGCGGCGGGGGAGGAGUUUGAGCAGUGUCCACCUCCAUUUCCUCAGUUGGACGAGACUCUCGUCCAUGACAACAUCGAUAUAAGCAGGGCGGGCAGGAAGCGAAAGACUGUUGUCGAACCCGCCGCUGCUCCAAUGGUGAAGCGCGGUAGGGGGAGACCGAGAAAGGGGGAGGCAAAAACUGCGCAGCUACCGCCUCGUCCACCUGCUGAAAGGCCCAAGCGCACGCAAAAGGGGAAGGCAACAACGUCGAGGCGUUGGCAGGUUGUCGAGGACGACCCCACAGGAGCAGAAGACGCGAGUGAGGAAGAGGCGGGUGGCGAGACAGACCCGGAUUGGGAAUAGGCCUCUUCCUCGAUGCGGACCCUAGUAGUAGAGCUGCGAUUUC